AUGCUGAAGCCAGCCUACUCCACCCCUCACCCACUCGCCCUGCGAGAAGCACCGCUGACUGUCUUCGACCGCGCGGCCUUCGACACCUUCGUGCCCACCGUGCUCGCGUACCGCGCCGGCGCCGCCCGACAACCAGCGCUCAAGGCGGGCCUCCUCAGGGCCGUCGCCGCGCCACCUCACCUCGCCGGCCGCCUGGCCAACGACGACCAGGGCCGGCUGUUCGUCCACGUCAACAAUGAAGGCGUCCUUGUGGUGGAGGCAGCUGUGUCCGGCGACAUGGCCGUCGUUCUCGCCGCCGGCGUGGCUGCUCACGACCACUUCAGCGAGCUGUACCCACCUAUCCCAGAGGAGAAGAUUGGGGCGGCGGUGCUGCAAGUAAAGCUCAACCGCUUCAAGUGCGGCGGCUUCCUCAUCGGCAUCAUCUGCCACCACCACGUCGCCGACGGCCAAUCCAUGAGCGCCUUCCUGACCAUGUGGGUGGCGGCGGUACGAGCGGAUCACAACGGUGACGACUUUGCCGCCGCCCGUUCGCCAUUCCUCGACCGUGCGGCAACCGCCGUGCCCUGUAGCCCACCAAUGCCGGCAUACCGCUCCGUCGAGUUCAAGGGUGGCAGCGGCGCCUCCAGGUCCUACGCCGUCGAUAGGGACGAGAUCAAGAACCUAAAGGUAUUCACGUUCCAGUGCCUCCUCGCGCACGUGUGGAAGAGGAUCACGGCGGCGCGGGGCUUGAACCCGGAGACCUUCUCGCAGGUGAGGGUGGCGGUGAACUGCCGGGGCAGGGCCGACCCUCCAGUGCCGGCGGACUUCUUCGGCAACAUGGUGCUAUGGGCGUUCCCGAGGCUCCGGGUCGGGGACCUCCUGGGCUCGAGCUACGGCGGCGUGGUCGGCGCGAUCCGCGACGCCGUGGCGCGCGUCGACGGCGGGUACAUCCAGUCCUUCGUUGACUUCGGGGCGGCGGCGGACGCCGGCGGGGAGCGGGUCGCGGCGACGACGGCGCGCCGGGGCACGAUGCUGUGCCCGGACCUGGAGGUGGACAGCUGGCUGGGGUUCCAGUUCCACCAGACGGACCUCGGCACCGCGCCGUGUGCGUUCGUGGCGCCGGACCUGCCCGUGGACGGGUUGAUGGUCUUCAUGCCGUCGGCCACGGCGAAGGGCGGCGUCGACCUGUUCAUCGGCCUCGUCGAGGGUCACGUCGAGGAGUUCCACAGAAUCUGCUACUCUGGAUUGAUCGGUGCAGGGCCCAAUCUUAUAUUCCGUUACUGGGCUGGUGUGAUUAAAUGGACACGGCUAGGUACUGUGCAGCGUGUAAACAAGCUAAUAGUCAUGUAG